AUGAGGGAAGCUCUGAGAAGGAUGAAGAUGUUUUAUCCCAGAAGCCUUCACCUUACACCCAACCCCAUCCUCCCUCCCUCUCACCCCCUCAGGGCCCUGGGGGAGCCAAUUCUGGUCCCUACGCCUGAUUCCUCUGGUGGCUCCGGACCAGUUAUCAGACUUUACAAUCUAAAGUCUUUUACACUAAGCAUAGAAAACAUUCAGCUCAGUGACUCCGGUAAUUACAGCUGUGAAACAACAAGAAUAGUACCACCACCAUCUUUGCACAAAAGCUCGUGUCUAAUACUUCAAGUUCGUCCACAUCUGUCAUUGCAGAAACUGAACAGCAGUAAUGACACCUGUGUUCAUCUGCUCUGUUUAUUGGAGAGUCUGAAGCCUGAGCAGGUGAACUUCACCUGGAGCCGGGGUGAAAGGUCACUUCAUCCAUUCACAUCUUAUGCCAUGAACAGCGAGCUGCAUCUUUGUAAACCUGACUGGAGUGAAGGAGACACAAUCACCUGUUACGCCAGCUACUCAAGCACACAAACACCGUACAGCAGGAGCAUUACACUGGACUUCAGUCAUGAGGGCCAAACUGAGAUCCGUCUUCCGGUUUGUGUGGUCCUUUUCAGCAUCUUCAUCAUCAGCAUCGUUUUCAUCUGGAUGUUGUUCUUCAUAUUCAAAUAUAAGCGUGUGACCUGCUGCCAUAGACUAGCGACAUGA